GGUAGGAGAAAGACUUGGCGAACUGGAAAGUAGAAAGCGGGGCGGGGCAGGGAGGAUUCUGCCCAGGCCAAUGAGUGAUGCCGGGACGGGUGACGUCACAGCCAAUGGACAGCCAGCGCGGGACUUUCAAUUACCGCCCCGCCCGAUCGGAAGAAGACGGUGCCUAUAAAGAGUGAGGCGGCGGGCCGAGAUCCCGUUACUCUCGCUGCCGCUGCGCUGGUGAGUUGGUGUUUUGGUUCGCUAUGGCCCGUACAAAGCAGACCGCCCGCAAGUCGACCGGCGGCAAGGCCCCGCGGAAGCAGCUGGCCACCAAGGCGGCCCGCAAGAGCGCGCCCGCCACGGGCGGCGUGAAGAAGCCGCACCGCUACCGGCCGGGCACCGUGGCCCUGCGGGAGAUCCGGCGCUACCAGAAGUCCACCGAGCUGCUGAUCCGCAAGCUGCCGUUCCAGCGGCUGGUGCGCGAGAUCGCGCAGGACUUCAAGACGGACCUGCGCUUCCAGAGCUCGGCCGUGAUGGCGCUGCAGGAGGCGAGCGAGGCCUACCUGGUGGGGCUGUUCGAGGACACGAACCUGUGCGCUAUCCACGCCAAGCGCGUCACUAUCAUGCCCAAGGACAUCCAGCUGGCUCGCCGCAUCCGCGGGGAGCGGGCUUAAAGUGCGCGCUCGGCUCGAGGUUCCAUCCCAUCCAAAGGCUCUUUUCAGAGCCACCCA